AUGUUACGUCGCAUGUGGAAUGAAGUGCUCUUAUACGAUACUGAAAGCGAUUUAUCCGAUUUUAUUAAAGAUCAACAUGUUUGUGUUUAUCGAAAGGAAACAUGUAACGCCCGCACAUCGAUUACAUAUAAAUGUUCAGAAUACAAAAAGUACCCACUAUGUCAGUUUCAACUGAAAGGAAAAGAAAGUUUAGAUGGGUAUCAACUCUAUUCGUCAGAAGCACAUAAUCAUCGUACACGCGCCCAGACAAGUCGUCUUCCAUCGCCUGUUCGACACAACAUCGUACUGGUGACAGAUACCGGUUUAACACUCCGAAAAAUUCAGAAGGCAGUUACCGUGUUCAAUCCUCAAUUAUCAAACAAUAUAACAAAAAUUCGUACACAUCGGCAAAAGAAUCGUUGCAGUAUAAAAUCUAUUGAAGAUUUACAGGCCUGA